UUCAGUCUACCAGCGGGUCACUGAUUACACGUUUGCGCCCCCUUUCUUUUCAUAUGUCAGGCUUAUGCCUUUUCCCUCCAGACAAGAAAAGGUUAUUCACUUCCAGUAACAUUUACAGCAAGUGUACACUGAAUUCUUAAAGCCUGAGAAUGGACUCUGACCUACUGAAGAUAGAGGAGAUGGUGAUGGGAGGUGGAGAGGCUGCUGCUGCUGCUGCCCCUGCUGAACUGCCCCCAGAGAAGACAGAGGAUUCAUACGCCAUCUCUAUUAAGGACCGCUUGCCACCUCCUGUCAUUCAGUCAUACCAGCAUGAAAGCCUACAGUGUUUCCAGUGUUUCAUAACUUUCUGUAACUCAAAAGCCAAGGAAAGGCACAUGAAGAAGAGUCAUCGGGAAGAGUACAAACAGCAACUUCAGCAGUGCGAUACUCUCUUCACUUGUUAUGUGUGUGACCGAACCUUUCCCUCAUCUGAGGAACUGACACAACAUCAGUCGACCCACAACAAGGAGGACAAGCCCUUCAAAUGUGUUCACUGCCAAGAAUGUUUUCGUACAUUCUCAGAGUUAACAACGCAUCGGCGGCAGGUGUGUCCGGAGCGUCAGUUUGUGUGCAAAGAAUGCAAUGAGACAUUUCGAAGCCCUGGACUUUUGCGUAGCCAUCGUUUGAUGCAGCACCCCGUGCCCCAGGAUGAAGAGGAUGCGGAAGAUCCCUCCAAGACCUACCGCUGCGGUAAAUGUGGACGAGGAUUUGAGGAAGAGGCAGAGCUCCUUCAGCAUCAGGAGAACCACGCAGGAGACCGGCACUGCAACGGUGGCGCUGCUGUCAAACGCAGAGGGAGGCCUCCCAAAUAUGAGGCAGCAGCUCCCAGUGAAAAGAAAGCAAAGAAAAAGAAGAAAGAUGAAGAGGCAGAGGAAACCAAUCACUCAGAGGACGCUUCUGCAACACCGGCAAAAACAGGAGGAAGAAGAGGUCGCCCUGCCAAAUCCACCCAGGAGCCCGAGGCGGAAGAUGAGAAGGCAGAAAAUGAUGACAAGAAAUCUGUCCCCGAGCCAGAACGGCAGAUCCCUUGCACUGAAUGUGAUCUUACUUUCCCCAGCCUGACGCUGCUGCGAGUGCACAAGAAAGAGAAGCACACGCAGAAGAAGCCUCACCCCUGUGGAGAGUGUGAGGAGAGUUUUAACCGACCUGCGCAACUGCAGGCUCACAUGACCAGAGUACACAGCGCCGGACGGCACACCUGCCCCACGUGCGGGAAAAGCUUUGGCAGAGAGAGCAACCUGAAGGCUCAUCAGCAGACCCACGAGAAAGAGGAGAAGCUGGCUGGAAAAAGAUAAUUCAGUUGGAGUUGUGUUCAGUUGUUUUUUUGGUUUGUUUUUUUGCAGGUGUACGUUAACAAGACACAUUUCUUUUUUUAAUAUGUUGUGUAUAGAAAUGUAGGUUGGGGCAAGGUUUGCUUUAGGGCUGAAAUUGUAACAUAGCAGGCAAUCCUUCAACUGAGUGAUGCUUGAGAGCAACACUAUGUGGACGUUGGAAAACUGGAGACCCAAAGGGUUGUGAGUUCAAGGUUAACUAAUAGUAACCAUGUUUGGUGCCUCACUGUAUCUUGACAUCUGUACAUAGCUUUGGCAUGGCAAGAAACAAAGGAUUCAUACCACAGCUGAAGUCUCAUUUGUAGGGUAAUCAUGUUGUAACUAAAACCAUCAAGAGAAACCCACAGAAAACACCUUGUUAUAUUGUCUGAAGGCUUCAAAUUGUUGUUUUCUUUUUUGUUGAAGAUUUUAAAGUCUUUUCUAUGAAUGUGUUGUUGUUUUUACGUCAUUUUUAGAAGUGUACAAUGAGGAGUGGAAAGAUUUACAUAAUGAUUGUUUUCUGAUGAGGUUUGACUUGAUAUGAUUUCAAAUGUUUCCAUUUUCUACAGGUAUGACUUGACAUUUGACUUGAAUUUAAUGUUACCAACAAAUAAGGCAGUUCUUUGCGUGAAGUAAAUGUCUAAAUAAUUCACUGAAA